AAUUAAUAUUUCCCAGUUUUGAUUUCUAAUAUAGUAAAUAUUGGUAACUGUAACUCACAAGCAAAAGUUCUUUGGAAUCCUCACUAAUUUUUAAAAGCAUAAAGAGCCAUGAGCCUGAGGCCAAAGGAGGUAGGGGGUCUCUUGGGAGAACAUCAGCUCCUCAAGAAUCAGACAUGUCCUGAUGGAAGAGCUUUAAUUGAUGGCAUUGCUAAUUCAUUUGUCCACAGUCUGUCCAGGUGUGAGCUGUACAGGAUGAGCGAUUCCUUUGGAACUUUGAAAAUACUUUCUCCGUGGGCCUCACUUUAGAGGUGUGCUCCCAGGACAGUUGCUGUGGUUCUCCAGGGCCAUUAGACCGGCACAAUGGGGUCUGAUGCUUGAUGUGAACACAGUCUGUGGGGCCCUGGUGCACAUCUCAGCCUGAUGCCUUACAGGAAUCACAGCACAGGAGUUCUCAGUCCACCUGCUCUCUGAGCUUACCUCUGACUCUGGGGAUCGUAAAGAGGGCUUCUUCAGCUCCAGGAAGAAAGAGCUGGGUCUCAGGAGGCAAAUGUCUCGUGCACCCUGGGCAGUAAUCCCAGGCCAGAUGUGCCAAGGGUUGGAGCGGCAUUCCAGGCCAGAUGUGGAGUUGGGAGAGUGCCCAGCUCCUCCGAGUGCUCAGCUCUCUGCUUGCUCCACACUCAGAUUAGAAUCUGUAGCUCCAAACAAGUCAAAACCUGUGAGCUUCUACCGUGGCUCCCCUAGGUCUCCAUUGCAGCGGCAGCCAGAGGUUUCAAAGGUCACACCAGCUGGGCGGGUGAGAACAACAGAUCUCCCAGACCGGGUGAAGUUGGCUGCCCAGAGGAAGGCAAGUUGCAACAUCUGCGAGCAGAGUCAGAACAAAAGCCCCUUAACUUUUUCGGUCUGGGCUUUGGCUCUGUGGCGUCCCCAGCUCUCCUUCACUUUUCAUUUUCUGCUGGACCUUUGAACAGGAAUUUCUACAGGACGGUGGUGAAGUGUGGCUGUCUUGCGGCCUGACUCAUGUGAGAGCUGCGGGUGAAGAGGCCACGGUAAGACCAUGGGGGAUAUAAAGCUGGCCGCCUCAUCACACGUUUCCAAAGCAUCCCUCAGUAUGGAUUCCUCGAGAUUCGGCUCCAUCCCCCUGACCGAGGCCCCUGCCUUCAUUUUGCCCCCUCGGAACCUCUGCAUCAAAGAAGGAGCCACCGCCAAGUUUGAAGGGAGGGUCCGAGGUUACCCAGAGCCCCAGGUGACAUGGCACAGAAAUGGGCAACCUGUCACCAAUGGGGGCCGCUUCCUGCUGGAUUAUGGUAUCCGGGGGACUUUCAGCCUUGUGAUUCAUGCCGUCCGUGAGGAGGACAGGGGCAAGUAUACCUGUGAAGCCACCAAUGGUAGUGGUGCCCGCCAGGUGACAGUGGAGUUGACAGUGGAAGGGAGUUCUAUGAAGAAGCAUGGUCAGCCUGUUUCCAAAACCUUAGGGGACAAAUUUUCAGCCCCAGCAGUGGAGACCCGUCCUAGCAUCUGGGGAGAGUGCCCACCAAAGUUUGCUACCAAGCUGGGCCGAGCAGUGGUCAAAGAAGGACAGAUUGGACGAUUCUCCUGCAAGAUCACUGGCCGGCCCCAACCACAGGUCACCUGGCUCAAGGGAAACGUGCCACUGCAGCCAAGUGCCCGGGUAUCUAUGUCUGAGAAGAAUGGGGUGCAAGUUCUGGAAAUCCAUGAAGUCAACCAAGAUGAUGUGGGCGUGUACACAUGCCUGGUGGUGAACGGGUCAGGGAAGGCCUCCAUGUCAGCUGAGCUUUCCAUCCAAGGUCUGGACAGUGCCAACAGGUCAUUUGUAAGAGGAGCAAAGGCCACCAGUUCAGACAUCAGGAGGGAGGUGACCAAUGGAAUCUCAAAGGGGUUGAAACCAGACAGCCUGGAGACUGCAGCUGGAAAUAAGAACUGCUCCAGCCCCCAGAGCGCUGGCUCCCCAGCCUGGACCACAAACAGCCAGCCCCAGGCCUUGAGAGAAUCCAAGCUGGAGCAGUGUGGGGACCCGCCCAGAGCAGCCCUGCAGGCCCCUGUCCUUCAAAAGACAUCCAGUACCAUCACCCUGCAGGCCACAAGAGUCCAGCCUGAAACAAGGGUGCCAGUCUUGAGGGCCUUGUCUCCUUCUGGAGAAGAGAGGAAAAGGCCAGCUGCUCUCCAUCCAGCCACUGUCCUCACCAGGCACUCUGGCCUGGGAAACCAAGAAGCUGUGGACAAAGUUGCUAACAGAAAAAUCCUCAUGGAGAGCCAGAGGGAUUCAGCACUCCCCAAAUUUGAGAGCAAGCCUCAAAGCCAGGAAGUCAGAGAAGGUCAAACAGUCAAGUUCAGAUGUGAGGUUUCAGGGAUCCCAAAGCCUGAAGUGGCCUGGUUCCUGGAAGGGACACCCGUGAGGAGACAGGAAGGCUCCAUUGAUGUUUAUGAAGAUGCCCGAUCCCACUACCUCUGCCUGCUGAGAGCCCGGGCCGGGGACAGUGGGAAGUACAGCUGCACGGCUUCCAAUAUCCGAGGCCAGGCGUCCUGUAGCUGGACCCUCCUUGUGGAAAGGGUGGUCGUGAUGGAGGUGGCUCCCUCGUUCUCCAGUGUCCUAAAGGACUGUUCUGUCAUUGAGGGCCAGGAUUUUGUGCUGCAGUGCUCUGUGCAGGGCACUCCUGUUCCCCGAAUCACUUGGCUGCUCAAUGGGCAGCCCAUCCAGUAUGCUCACUCCACCUGCGAGGACGGCGUGGCUGAGCUGCACGUCCAGGAUGCCCUGCCAGAGGAUGAUGGCACCUACACCUGUCUGGCUGAAAAUGCCUUGGGGCAGGUGUCCUGCAGCGCCCGGGUCACUGUCCAUGAAAAGAAAAGUGACAGGAAGAGUGAGUACCCUCUGCCUGUGGCUCCCGGCAGGCCCGUUGCACCUGUCUUCCUACAGGGCCUCUCUGAUCUCAAGGUCAUGGAUGGAAGCCAGGUUACCAUGACGGUCCAAGUGUCAGGGAAUCCACCCCCUGAGGUCAUCUGGCUUCACAAUGGGAACGAGAUCCAGGAGUCAGAGGACUUCCACUUUGAACAGAGGGGCACUCUACACAGCCUUUGUAUCCAGGAGGUGUUCCCGGAGGACACAGGCACUUACACCUGCGAAGCCUGGAACAGCACUGGAGAGGUCCGCACCCAGGCCGUGCUCACAGUACAAGAGCCUCACGAUGGCACCCAGCCCUGGUUCAUCAGCAAGCCUCGCUCGGUGACAGCCUCCCUGGGCCAGAGUGUCCUCAUCUCCUGCGCCAUAGCUGGUGACCCUUUUCCUACCGUGCACUGGCUCCGAGACGGCAAAGCCCUCUCCAGAGACACUGGCCACUUUGAGGUUCUGCAGAAUGAGGACGUGUUCACUCUGGUGCUGAGGAAUGUGCAGCCCUGGCACGCAGGCCAGUAUGAGAUCCUGCUCAAGAACCGGGUUGGUGAAUGCAGCUGCCAGGUGUCACUGAUGCUGCAGAGCAGCCCUGCCAGAGCCCCCCCACGGGGGAGAGAGCCUGCCAGCUGUGAGGGCCUCUUUGGUGGAGAAGCUGGUGCUGAUGGUGGUGGUGGUGACAACUAUGGGACCCUGAGGCCCAGCUGGCCGGCAAGGGGGCACGGUUGGCCAGAGGAGGAGGACGGUGAGGACGUGCGGGGGGUGCUGAAGAGGCGCGUGGAGACCAGGCAGCACACGGAAGAGGCCAUCCGCCAGCAGGAGGUAGAGCAGCUGGACUUCCGCGACCUCCUGGGGAAGAAGGUGAGUACCAAGACCUUGUCUGAAGAGGAUCUGAAGGAGAUCCCAGCUGAGCAGAUGGAUUUCCGUGCCAACCUGCAGCGGCAAGUAAAGCCAAAGACUGUGACCGAGGAAGAGAGGAAGGGACAUAGUCCCCAGCAGGUUGACUUCCGCUCUGUUCUGGCCAAGAAGGGGACUCCCAAGACCCCAGUGCCUGAGAAGGUACCACCUCCAAAACCUGCCACUCCAGAUUUUCGCUCAGUGCUAGGAAGCAAGAAGAAAUUACCAGCAGAGAAUGGUGGCGGCAGCACUGAGGCCUUGAAUGCCAAGGCAGUGGAAAGUUCCAAGCCCGGGAGUAAUGCACAGCCAUCAGGGUCCUUGAAGCCUGUGGGCAACACCAAGCCUGCUGAGACCCUGAAGCCCUUGGGCAAUGCCAAGCCUGCUGAGACCCUGAAGCCCUUGGGCAAUGCCAAGCCUGCUGAGACCCUGAAGCCCGUGGGCAAUGCCAAGCCUGCAGAGACCCUGAAGCCCGUGGGCAAUGCCAAGCCUGAUGAGACCCUGAAGCCCGUGGGCAAUGCCAAGCCUGCAGAAACUUUGAAACCCGUGGUCAAUGCCAAGCCUGAUGAGACCCUGAAAUCAACUGGGAAAGAAGAACUCAAGAAAGAGGUUAAGAAUGAUGUGAACUGCAAGAGAGGGCAAGCAGAGGCCACAGAUAAUGAAAAAAGAUUAGAGAGCCAAGGGACAGCUCCGACCUUCAAGGAAAAGCUCCGAGAUAUUCAUGUGGCAGAGGGUGAGAAGCUGCUACUCCAGUGCCAGGUGUCCUCGGACCCUCCAGCCACCAUCACCUGGACGCUGAAUGGAAAGACCCUCAAGACCACCAAGUUCAUCAUCCUCUCCCAAGAAGGCUCACUCUGCUCUGUCUCCAUCGAGAAGGCCCUGCCCGAGGACAGAGGCUUAUACAAGUGUAUGGCCAAGAAUGAUGCUGGCCAGGCUGAAUGUUCCUGCCAAGUCACUGUGGACGAUGCUCCAGCCAGUGAGAACACCAAGGCCCCGGAGAUGAAAUCCCGGAGGCCCAAGAGCUCCCUUCCUCCUGGGCUAGGAACAGAGAGUGAUGCAACUGUGAAAAAGAAACCUACCCCCAAGACACCGCCGAAGGCAGCAAUGCCUCCUCAGAUCAUCCAGUUUCCUGAGGACCAAAAGGUGCGUGCAGGAGAAUCCGUGGAGCUGUUUGGUAAAGUGGCGGGCACCCAGCCCAUCACCUGCACCUGGAUGAAGUUCCGAAAGCAGAUCCAGGAGAGUGAGCACAUCAAGGUGGAGAGCAAUGAGAACGGCAGCAAGCUCACCAUCCUUGCCGCACGCCAGGAGCACUGUGGCUGCUACACCCUGCUGGUGGAGAACAAGCUGGGCAGCAGGCAAGCCCAGGUCAACCUCACCGUCGUGGAUAAGCCAGACCCUCCAGCAGGCACACCCUGUGCCUCUGAUAUUCGGAGCUCCUCACUGACCCUGUCCUGGUAUGGCUCCUCAUAUGAUGGGGGCAGCGCCGUGCAGUCCUACAGCGUGGAGAUCUGGGACUCAGCUGACAAGACGUGGAGAGAGCUAGCCACGUGCCGCAGCACUUCCUUUAACGUGCAGGACCUACUGCCUGACCAUGAGUAUAAAUUCCGUGUGCGUGCAAUCAACGUGUAUGGAACCAGUGAGCCGAGCCAGGAGUCUGAACUCACAGCAGUGGGAGAGAAACCGGAAGAGCCAAAGGAUGAAGUGGAGGUGUCAGAUGAUGAUGAGAAGGAGCCAGAGGUUGAUUACCGGACAGUGACAGUCAAUACCGAACAGAAAGUAUCUGACUUCUAUGAUAUUGAAGAGCGACUAGGAUCUGGGAAAUUUGGACAGGUCUUUCGACUUGUGGAAAAGAAAACUAGAAAAAUCUGGGCAGGGAAAUUCUUCAAGGCAUAUUCAGCAAAAGAGAAAGAGAAUAUCCGGCAGGAGAUCAGCAUCAUGAACUGCCUCCACCACCCCAAGCUAGUCCAGUGCGUGGACGCCUUUGAAGAAAAGGCCAACAUCGUCAUGGUCCUGGAGAUCGUGUCUGGGGGUGAGCUGUUUGAGCGCAUCAUUGAUGAGGACUUCGAGCUGACGGAGCGCGAGUGCAUCAAGUACAUGCGGCAGAUCUCAGAGGGCGUGGAGUACAUCCACCGGCAGGGCAUCGUGCACCUGGACCUCAAGCCCGAGAACAUCAUGUGUGUCAACAAGACAGGCACCAGGAUCAAGCUCAUUGACUUCGGUUUGGCCAGAAGGCUAGAGAACGCUGGGUCUCUCAAGGUCCUCUUCGGCACCCCAGAGUUUGUGGCUCCCGAAGUGAUCAACUAUGAGCCAAUCAGCUACGCCACAGACAUGUGGAGCAUCGGAGUCAUCUGCUAUAUCCUGGUCAGUGGACUUUCCCCUUUCAUGGGUGACAACGAUAACGAAACCUUAUCCAAUGUUACCUCAGCCACCUGGGACUUCGAUGACGAGGCCUUUGAUGAGAUCUCCGAUGAUGCCAAGGAUUUUAUCAGCAGUUUGCUGAAGAAAGAUAUGAAAAGCCGCUUGGACUGCACCCAGUGCCUCCAGCAUCCGUGGCUAAUGAAGGACACCAAGAACAUGGAAGCCAAGAAGCUCUCCAAGGACCGGAUGAAGAAAUAUAUGGCAAGAAGGAAAUGGCAGAAAACGGGCAAUGCUGUGAGAGCCAUUGGAAGAUUGUCCUCUAUGGCAAUGAUCUCAGGGCUCAGUGGCAGGAAAUCCUCAACAGGGUCGCCAACCAGCCCGCUCAAUGCAGAAAAGCUAGAAUCUGAAGAAGAUGUGUCCCAAUCUUUCCUUGAGGCUGUCGCUGAGGAAAAGCCCCACAUAAAACCCUAUUUCUCUAAGACCAUUCGUGAUUUAGAAGUCGUGGAGGGAAGUGCUGCUAGAUUUGACUGCAAGAUUGAAGGAUACCCAGACCCUGAGGUUGUCUGGUUCAAAGAUGACCAGUCAAUCAGGGAGUCCCGCCACUUCCAGAUAGACUACGAUGAGGAUGGGAACUGCUCUUUAAUUAUUAGCGAUGUCUGCGGAGAUGACGAUGCCAAGUACACUUGCAAGGCUGUCAACAGUCUUGGAGAAGCCACCUGUACGGCAGAGCUCAUUGUGGAAACCAUGGAGGAAGGAGAAGGGGAAGGAGAAGAAGAAGAGUAAAACAAAGCCAGAGAGAAGCAGUUUCUAAGUCAUAUUAAAAGGACUAUUUCUCUUAA